GCGGUACUUUGUCAAGGCCUUGUACAGAAGUUUCCAAUUCGGUCAGCAUAAUAUUUUAAAUUCGCACUCAUCCUCUAAUUCGUUUAUAUCCUGAUCUUUUAUUGGGUUCAAAUUAUCGAGUUAGCUGAGUCAAUAAACAUCUCCAGUGAUACGUUUUUUCACCACUUCCCAAAUAAAUUUUACACAAAACUUUAGUUAGAGACCGUAGUCGACUGGACGCUAGGGAUCUCUGUCCUAAUAACACCCAAGCUAUUCAGAGACAUUGAUACAUCGUUUGCAAAACCACGACUAACUGGCAGGAAGCUGGUCAAAGAAUGGCUUUUAGUUUCAAAUCUUCUAAGUACUUGCUCAUAGCCCUUAACUUACUCUACUUAGUUGUUGCUUUCAUUCUUGUUGGCGUUGCUGCGUAUGCCAGGCUGAGCAUCUAUGUGACGAGCGUUCAUAUUGUUGGCGGUAUUAUAGCUUGUGGAGUCUUCCUCUUUGUGCUUGCUGUAGUUGGAUUGUUGGGCGCUAUCAAACACAACCAGCCAAUAUUAUUUUUCUAUAUAAUCCUACUUUUCAGCCUCUUUCUCGUCCAGUUUUCUGUAGCAUGCGCUUGUCUGUCACUCUCCAGUGAUUAUCAAAAGAUUUUAGUUGAGACGGCGUGGAAACAAAGCUCCAAUAACUCAAAACUAACUGUCAUGACGGCGUUUAAAUGUUGUGGUCUCCAUAAAGCCGACCUGCUUCCAUCUGACCCACUGGGAUGUCCCCCGUGCAAGUUAGCCAAGCUGUCUUGCUGCGAUACACCUGAUGGUGAAACUGCUAAAUGCUGCCAAGGUCCAGAUGUGGGGAAUAACACGUUUUGCCCAUGUACUACAACUUGUUGGACUGUAAUUCAAGAACGAUUAUCAACUGGUGUCCGAGUUACUGGUGCCACUAGCCUUUUCUUCAGCGUUAUUGAACUUCUAGGAGUAUGGACAGCUCUUCGCUAUCGGCACCAACGUGAUCCUUUACUUGAUCCGAACAGCGUUCUUUGAACUGUCUUCUCCAUAUUCAUUGUCAUUACUAUUAUUAUUAUCGUCAAUGCUAGUGCCAUACCAUAUAGCUCUGCAACACAUCAUGGAUGCUUGACAGAUUAAUUUUAUAACAUAACGUAACAUUUUCUAGUCAUAAAUACUAUUGAAACAACCUUAAUUUCACCUAUUUCUUUGUGUGUUUGUAUACAUUAUUGCUUUAAUUGUUUUCAUCUAUCCCAAUUUAUAAUCAAUAUUAUCUUCACAAGUGAUAAAAGCCCCCAUAUCCCCAUUAUCAUUUGUUCGAUGAGUUCAUUUUUAAUAUAUUUUCUUUAAACUAGCGAAACAGACUGGUCUUUGCACACACAAAUUUGUGCAUAUUUAUCUGUUUUUCACUCUAUAUUUGUGUUCGUACUCAACAAUUGUCUUAAUUAAGGUCACUGUGAUCUCAAAGCACUUGAAGGGAUCCAUAAAACGUAAAAUAGAUUUCGUGU